AUGACGGUGGUCACCGAGGAGUUGUGGGCUGCCUUUGAGAAGUCUCGGGUGCCCCAGCUAUUGAUUUUGGCCGUGUCAGCCAAGAUGCUGGCAUCUUUCAGCCUGACUUCCUUCCUGCCGAUCUGGUUCGCCCGAACGGGCCUCCACGGUUACACAAAUGAUGCCUAUGCGUUCUGGAACGCCUUGGCAGUCUCGCUUGCUGGGCUCCUUUCCGUCUCACUGGGCAGCGUUCUAGGACAGACCUGGAGUCGUGUUGAUGUCUGUGCCCCGUGCUACGUGGGCAUGUUGGGCGCUUUGAUUUCUCUGCCGCUGCUGGCGAUCAUGCUCCUCACCCAGUGGUUCCGAACAGCCCUGCUUUGCUACUUCACCAUGCUGGUGGUGGGCGAGGCUUGGUUCGGCCCGACCAUGACCCUCCUGCAGAAGGCUGUGCGAAAGUCGGUUGCAGGCCAAGCAACGUCCAUGAUGCUGGGCAUCGCAACCCUGGCCGGAAAUUUGGGCCCUGCCAUCAUCGGCAUCCUUGAUCCAGGAGGCGUCAACAUCGGCGUGCAUCUGCUUUGGAUCUGCUCUACUGCGCAAGUGCUCGCCGCUCUAAGUUUCUACUGGACAUACCGGGAAAUUACCGUCGACCCUGUCUCGGUUACCCUGGGCUUGUCGCAGGACGUGGGUGUGCGAGCAGCAUGCCUUUCUUGGACAAUCAGGAGGCUAGAUCCCAACUCCCAACACAUUCCAGUUUGGGAAACAUGUCUUAAAGUGCAGCCCGAUUCCUUGAUCUAUCUUGGUUUUAUGUGA